CUCCAGUCGUCAUCAUCCACAAAAUGUCCGCCGCCCCCGCCCCUUCCGCCGUCGUCCCCGUCCCCGCCGUCCGCUCCGAGGACAUCAUUGCCCGCAAGUUUGACAACUGCCUUGCGGACCUCCUCGUUAACGCCGGCAUCGGGUUCGGCGCGGGCAUUGUCGCUUCCGUCAUCCUCUUCCGCCGCCGUGGGUGGCCCGUCGCGCUCUCGACUGGUUUCGGUGCCGGUGUUGCUUACUCUAACUGCAACUACUCGCUAAACCCCUACGUGCUGCCUGGCACCAAGGUCCUCCCCAAGGCUUAAGUUAUCAGGGGUUAUCGUCGAUUAGAGAUAUAAAAUGCGCACUAGCUAUUGAUGGGGGACUAUGCCGUGGGGUGGUGCUGGAUGAGAGUGAGGAAGGAAGGGAGGGAGGGAGGGAGGGAAGACGGCUAAGCUACCUCCGCUGCUCCUCAUCACCCUGCCGGACCCAAGGAGCGCCGCCGAGCGCCUUGCCAUGGUGGAGGAUACUAUCCUGUCCUGCCUCGGGGCGGAGGACCUCCUGAGGGCGUGGGAUGCGGCGCUGCUCCUCACCCAUGAAUGCUGGAGUCAGCUUGGAUUGAGUCAAGUAGACAUCGAAGGGACAGUGGAAGAGAAGAGACGCGGAGGAAGUAGCUGAGGAAGCAGCUAUUACUCGCUGACCACGCCGCACUCGAUCCCUCCGAGUUGAUGCUUACCUCGUCGGUACAAGAUGGCAGAUGUGACAACGAGCACAGGGAAUGCGAUCACCACCGU